CUUGCGGGGUUGCGAACCUUACUCUGUCUGCUCACAAUUAGUAUCACAAAACUACCAUAGCUACUCAAAUACCUACCUACUAGAAAAAGUAACCAUGGCAUUCCUGGCUCUUCUACCUACCGCCUCUUGCUACAUUAUCGUCACGGACAAUGCAGCAGGGAGAUGCUAUCAACAUCAGCAACAGCAGCAAGCUACCAUUCCUGAGCCACCUACCAGCCCCAUCAGUACUAGUAGGUGGGAAAGCAUUCCCUCCCCCACGCUCCGCCAAAGAGGGCGUAGGUCCACACCUUCAGCCUCUUGCAGUCGCUGGGAAAGUUUGCCUUCCGAGAAUCGGCUGCGCAGCAUGAGUCCUCCCCAUUGCCCCCAGCACCUGGAUUGUUCUUCUUGUGCUGCUGCUCAGCAUCAUAGCACCGAUUCCCUACCUAGCAUGCCCCUACGAGCAGCUUGCUGCAAGCGACACAGUACGGGAAGCUUUGUCCCCAAUGCGGCAAUGAUUAGCAAGCUCCAAAAGAACUUUCAAAGAAAGCAGGUAGUGGCACAGGCGUUGCAAGAACUGGAAGACAACAUUCUAGCAACUGGAAUCGCCGUACUAAAUGUACAGGAAAACAAGCCACAAGAACCAGAAGAAACAGAAACCCAGGGGCAAGUCUAACUUCACAGUUUUUAGUACGCUACAGACAUGCAUUGUAAACUAGAAUCAUCGAAUCAGCUGGCUAUCUACCUAUAAUAAAGAGCAAAUUCUUGACAGACC